AUGCUUCCUCUUACUUCCCUCGUUGCCACCUUGGCGACAUUCGUCGCUUUUCAUGUCUCUGGAUCGGUGGCGAUGAAGAGCCAGCCCGAAGCCGACAAUACUGUCGCCAUCAUCACGGCUAUCCAGCCUGUUGCUACGGUUGAUCUCGUCGUCUUGUUUAAGCAGGACUCUGGAGUUGGCGAGUUCGGAGCGGUCAACGCUUUUCUCGAACUUCCAGUCACCGUGACCCCUACUUGCGACCUUCCUGUCCCGACCAAGCCACCCGUCUCUAGUGACUCUAACUAUCAGGAUCCUCGCAACGACCCUGGCCCUUCGCAGCAACACCAGAAUCCGUUCACCGAACAGCUAGGCAAUGGACAGCCGGCUAUGAUGGAAGACAUGAUCGCAGAGUACAAUCGUCAGAAUCCUGCUAACCAGAUCCCGCCGUACGUCUUUUGUACGUCUUUGCAUGCCACCUCUCGCGUGUACACACGUCGUGAGAUUUGGCUGGCUAUCCAGGCUGGAGUUCACGACAUCGGCUUGGAUGUGCGAACUGACGACCGCUCUCUUGGUGCGGCUUGGCCGCGCCGCUUGGGCUUCCAAAGACCCAUCAACACUGGCGAUGCUGUCGGAAGGGUUAUGGAAUACCCUCUUGGUGCUGAUGAACUUGAGCUGCCUUUGACCCAGCCCGCCGAUGAAGCCACUCUAAUGAUGGACCGCGUAACCUUCCUCCACGACGGCACCUACAUGGGCGUGAUCCGAUACACCAACGCAACCCAAUGGCACGACUGCUACCCCCACGGCUGGCACACCUUCCAGCGCGGCCGAAACGCCACCCGAAGCCUCUUUCAGCGGGGCAUAGGCGCUAUCCGAAGCGCCUGGGAUCGCUGGCUCGGCUAUCAGCAUGGCGGUUACGAACGCUUAGAUGAUGAACAGACUGAGCCGCAACUACAGCAGCCGCAGACGCAGACUCAGACGCAGACGCAGCCGCAGCCGCAACAGCAGCAGCGACCGCAGAACGGACGCAAUGCACACAACAACGACCCGAAUUGUCCACCUGGAUGGAUUUAG